AUGUCCCUCCUCGCCAGCAACGCCACUUCUCUGCCCGACCUCCUCCUCUUCACCGCCCCGCCCUCAGAGCGCACCCUCAACUGGACCAACGUCGCCAUCGCCUUUGCCUUCGUCUUCCUCGACGUCGUCACCUCCUUCGCAUUCGGCCUCGGUAUAGGAACAUCUCUCCUCAGCGCCGCAGCGCGAUGCGUAGUCCAGUUAUCGCUGGUGGCGGUGAUAUUGAGGAAGGUGUUCGAGUCGAAUAGCCCGUGGGUCGUGGCGUUCUUCGCUGGUCGGUUCUCGUUUCACUCUGCUCGGCGUUUUGGUUUUGGUAGCUCGAGCGCGCGCGGGGGCGUGCUGCUCAACCUCCUCGGUACCUUCGAAACAGUCGUAAACAAGGCAGACCGGCGGCACAAAUACAUGUUCUUCUCCACGCUCUCCGGGAUGCUCGUAUCCAGCAUCCCGAUAUCCAUCAUCGGCGCGCGCUUCGCCAUGGCGAAGAACCCCUUCUGGGAGCCCGCAGAGUUCAUUCCGAUCGUGGGCAUGCUGUGUGGUAACACCAUAUCGGGCAUCGUCGUAUCCGUGAACUACCUGCUCAAAGAGGUCGAGGAAAAUCGCGACAAGGUCGAGAUGUAUCUCGCGUUCGGCGCGACGCGUAUGGAGGCGUGCAAGCCCAUGGCCACCGACGCCCUGCGUCUAGCCUUGGCGCCAAUCGUCAACCGCAUGAGCGUCCUAGGCAUCAUCUCCAUCCCGGGCAUGAUGACCGGCGCGAUCCUGGGCGGCGCGUCCGUCGAGUACGCGGCGCGCCUGCAGGUGAUCAUCAUAUUCAUGAUAUCCGCGUCGACGACGCUGGCGGCGAUCGUGGCGACGGGCGCGGCGCUUGCGGUGGUGGUGGACGGCGAGCAUCGGGUCAGGGAGGACCGCGUGGACGGGCGGCCGCAUGGUGUGUAUAGGGCGGCGGAGUGGGUUGGGGAGCGCGUGGUGGGUGGGGUGAAGAGGGUGGUGGGUGGGGUGAAGAGGGUGUUUGAGAGAAGGCAAGAGGGGGAUGUGGGUGAGGGUGAGGGUGAGGGAAGGGGUGGGGAAGGAGACGGGGAGAGAGAGAGGCUGUUGGACCAAGAUUGA